AGUGUGAUGUAAAGAUCAUGAGUAAGAAGGGAUCAAACGGCACUGUGAGAUCACCAGGCUAUCCUCGUGAUUAUCCUAUCAACGUCACUUGUCGCUACUACCUAGACGGCAUCAGUAAUCAGUACAACUCGGAGAAGGUCAUGGUGGCAUUCACAGACUUUGAACUCUCUGGGUCCAUGAACUCUGGAGUUAUGACCUCCUGUACUAGAGGCCACCUGCUUGUAGAGGGUCACAAGGAUAACAACGGGUCAGAAAAGUUUUGUGGUACGCUGUUUCCUCCAAACCUCCACAGUAAGGAUUCACGCAUGGUGCUUACCCUCGAUACCCACGGGGCCUACGCCAAAAGAGGAUUCUCUGCCAAUUUCGAGUUCAUUAUAG